AUUCAUGAACCUCCAAUUGUACAAUAUAUCACUAUCGCCAGAAGCUCUCUAUAUCUACCUGCAAGUAUUCCUACCCAGCACAUCUCUGCCUAUAAUGGCUUCAUCACCCUCUUCAUCCACGGCUCCCCUCAGCCUCACAACCGACCCACAAACAGCCCAGGUCAUCUCUUGCAAAACAGCCGAACCACCUAUCAAGUUCGAAACAAACACUCACAUCCCUCUUCACAAAUACCAAUUGACGCAUAACCUGCUUUACGAACGACACUUCUUCGGUGACUCCUUCAUCUCAGCACAUCUUCAACGGCUCCAAAAUGGCGUCUUCAUUUCGCCGAAUGUACAUCCAACUUCUGCCGUGGAUGAUCAAGGCGAGCAUUUUUCCAAGACAUUUGUUACAUUCGCUGCCAUCGCGUUUACAUUGCAUCCUUCUUUGAGCGAAGAUCAUCGUUUCAAGAGUGCAGUGAUUGAGAUUAGAGCGACUACUCGCGAUGGUGCACCAUUGAAAGUGUUGAGAUUUGCGCCGCAUCUUGCUUUUGGGAGGAUCAGCAGUGCCAGUUUGAAAUGGAAUUUUCAGCUUGGAGCUUCUCUGGGGGUCGCUCAGGGACCUGCCAAAGCUGACCUAGAGCCGAAAGUAGGAUUCGAAAAGGACCUCGUGGUGGGAAGCUUCAUGAGAAUUCAAGGGUCGACACGCAGUCUCCCGCCAGCUCUCGCUUAUUCCACGGGUCCAAAAAUCCCUGAUACCACUUUGGUGUGGUCACUCGAGGAGAAUUCUCAGCAAGAAGGUGGUCUACCACGCGAAUUCACAUUCGUCUUCCUGCUCGAACGACCUCUUCCAAAGAAGUCAGCAUAUCAGAGCCAAGUCACAGUUCAGCCUCCAGGCAGGCCACAGAUGAGAAAGGCUGCUACAGAAGGCGAUGAGGCUGUAUGCUGUAAGCAAGGAUCUGCAGCUCUGAAAUACGAAAGGAUCGCUGGGAUAGAUGCCACCCUCCAGGAGCCCCGAUCAGUCCCUCCUACGCCUCCCCGUUCUCCUCCACCUAAGAAACUCAUCAAGAGAUCUAUGGACUUGGCACAUACGCUGGUCGCCAAAGCACAAUCUAAUUUCGAGGAAAUUGAGGAAUGCGUCCACACAAAAACGACUGAACUGGAGAACGAGCUCUCUCACAUGUCGCAAAAAUUCCACAAGGCAUAUGUUGAGCCCGAGCCUCUGCAUGUCACUGGAGAGAUGCCCAAUGCCAGAAGAGUCUCUACCGCAAGUAGUAUCAGGAAUGAGGAUGUGUUCACACCCAUCCACUUCCACAUAUCCGUGAAGCCACGUAUUACCAACGCUCCAGACAAGAGUACCAACGUAUUUGCUGCGAGUGAGUAUGAUGAGUCCAUUGUGGAGGGACAGGUUGGUCAGAGAUUCGGCGCUUUUGAGCAUGAGAAUAACGUCGAUGGUGAGAGUGUGCUUGUUGAUGGACUAUAUAACUUUGCCGCCAUGGGUGGCCACUUCGAGGACUUAGUGGAACUACCAGGCAGCUCGGUCGGAACGAUUGAGCCCUCGUUACCAGUGAAGUGA